UUUUUAUUAGUAGUGAUUUGAUCAAAAUGGAGAACACAAGUCGACGUGUACUUCUGUUUUUAUUAUUUAGUGUUUUCAUUGCCCUUGUCAAUUGUCAGAAUCUAAACGACCAACACGCAAAUCCUGCACAGAAUGAAGAACGAUUUAACCCCAAAUUCAAACCCAUGGUAGGACAAACUGGUGGAAAAUUAGCCGGUGUUCCCAAGGCAAAGGUUGGAGUGAAUGAAGAAAGUUUGAGACAGCAGAGACCUUUAGGAUUUGGACAAAACGCAGAUGGAAACGUACCUGAGGGCCAGGUACCAAAAGGCAGACCAAAAAAGUUUCCUCAGUUCAAACUGUCGGAACAACCACAGUGCAGAGAGGACAUCAAGAGAUUCUGCAACCCCAAAAUAGCUGAUAACAACUUCGAAGUCAUUGAUUGUCUACAAAGUGAUGAAAAGAUUGCAGAUGAAGUGUCCAUAGAUUGCCAACAUCUUCUUUGGAACUAUAAGAAAAAUUUGACUAAAGAUGACAGAUUUGAAAUGGUUGCAAAUGAUGUCUGUAAGGAGGAUUUGCCUCGGAUGGAAGAGUGCAAUCAAUUGCCAAAGGGUAGUGGACAGAUAAUUCCAUGUCUGGUUGACAAUUACCAGAAAGUUGAAGCCAAAGAAUGUAAAAGAUACCUAGAAAAAAUGUCCAAAAUCGUCUUCAGUGACUACACCUUGAUAUACAAGUUUGCUGAUGCAUGUCAUGAUGAUAUCCAGAGGUUUACAUGUGGUAGAUUAGAAACAGUAGAAAAAGAGGACUCUGUACAUAGACAAGGAGCUGUACUUGAAUGUCUGGUGAGGAACAUAACUAAACUAUCACAACAUUGUAAACAUCAGCUUCUACGAGUGGCCGAACUACAGUCAGAUGACUAUCACAUGGACAGACCCUUAUAUUAUGCAUGUCGAGAUGCCAGGGAACAUUUCUGUCCAAAGACACCAGCAGGCAAUGGAAGAGUUUAUGAAUGUUUGUUUAAAAAUAAGAUGGACCCAGCCAUGCCGAUACAGUGUAAAGAAAAGUUACAAAGAAGACAGAGAGAAAUCGCUGAAGAUGUCAAAGUAGAAAAAAAGUUCUAUGUUGCUUGCCGAAAAGAUAUUCAGCAAUUUAAAUGUUUUCAACAUGGUCAAACUAAGGAUCCAGAUACCAAGAGGGCAACUGUACUUAUCUGUCUGGAGGAUGCUAUGAAAGACGAUCAAAAAAUUACACCUGAAUGUUUAGCAGAGAUGAAUGAAGUGAGACAGACAUUACUGAGUGAUUACAAGAUCAACCCAGAACUUAUUGCUAUGUGUGAGCAUGAAAUUAAAAACUGUAUACCAGAGGACAGCGACAAGCUGGAGGAAGGGCAGGUGGUCCAUUGUCUAAUGGAUAUGGCACGGACUAAAUCAAGGAAGAAGGCCGCUGAUAAUAGAGUACCAAUGUCUGCACAAUGUCAGCGUGCUGUAGAAGAUUUAUUGUUAGAAGCUGAUGUUGGCAGUAACUUCCAGAUGGACAAAGUUCUCAUGAAAGCUUGUAUGCCUGUUGUACAGACAGCAUGUAGAAACAUUCAGGCUGGAGAUGCUAGAAUAUUGAAUUGUCUUAUGGAAAAGAUAGAUGACGAUGUAAUGACAGAUGAUUGUGAAGAGAAACUGAUGGAGAUACAAUACUUUGUAAUGAGAGAUUGGAGAUUAGAUGCUAACCUUUUCAAACACUGUCAUGAAAAUGCCAAGACCCAUUGCAACGCCUCUCCUCAUUGGAAUGAUCAGAAAUCCACUAAUGUUGACAACUGGGGAUUAGUUUUACCCUGUCUAUAUAGACACAUGAAAUCUGAAGACCCUAAUAACCAGCUUUCCCGUGCAUGUAAACAUGAGAUGAAGAGAGUGAUGAGGAAUAGAGCUAGGAAGAUAGAACUUGACCCAGAAAUAGAGGAGAAUUGUGUCUCAGAUCUAGGUCGCUUGUGUUCAGACCAGGAAAAGGACAUAGGCAAAGGAGAUGAACUCUCCUGCUUACAAGACAACUAUGAUGAGUUAACAGAGGCAUGUGCUAAUGUUGUUGGUAAUAUUACAGAAGACGAGGAUACUUACCUUGACCUUGAUGUGGUCUUAGUCAAGUCAUGUACACCAAUGCUCAAGCUCUUCUGUUCAGAGGAGUUGGAAGAAGAAGAAGAUGAAGAUGUGGUCAUGCAAUGUUUGAUACAACAUAAACAUCACCAGAAAAUGGAUCCCAAAUGUUAUGCCGGAAUAGAACAUCAUCAACUUAUCUCUAUGAAGAACUAUGAAUUCUCACACAAAUUUAAAGAAGCAUGUAAAAAGUCUGUGAAGCAGUUCUGUCCAAAUGUAAAAAGAAAAGGUGAUGUUGUAACCUGUUUAAGUGAACAUGUAAGAAAUGAUACACUUCUGGAAUCAGAUCACAGAAUUGAUAAGAAUUGUAGGAGACAACUCAGAUUUGAAUCUAUGCAGAGGGGAGAAGAUAUCAAAUUAGAUGACAAACUAGAUAAAGCAUGUACUGAAGAUGUUCAGAAUUUCUGCUCCAAGGUUAAACAUGGAAAUGCUAAAGUCAUUGAAUGUUUGAAAGCACAUCAACAAAAGCUGUCAAAGAAAUGUCAUAAAAUUCUGUUUAAAAGAGAAAAAGAAGAAGUAAAAUUGGAUGCUGAUUAUAAACUGCACCAUGUUUGUAAAGGGAUGAUAAAGCAAUAUUGUACAGAUGGUGAUCCAGAUAUAGUCACAUGUUUAGUUGGUCAUAAACAUGAUCCAAACUUUGAUGCCAACUGUAGAGAGAUACUGGUUAGAAGACAGAUUACAAAAAAUAGAGAUUAUAGACUAAAUCCUACUUUACGGAAGGAGUGCAGUAUGGAUAUCAGAAAGUUCUGUACUGAUAUCAUAGAGAGAGCUUCACCAGACCAAGAAAUGAGUGGUCAAGUUAUUUUAUGUUUAAGAAGACAAUUUGUUAAAAAGAAUUUAUCUGGUAGAUGUACAGAUGUAAUAAGAGAUGUCAUUAAAGAAUCAGCAAUGAAUUAUAUGGAAGAUGUUGCCUUGGCUAAUGCUUGUGAGAAAGAGAUAAAACAGCACUGUGACCCCGAGCAUCAGAGGGCACUACAAGGGGCUGGAGAUAAAGAUUCUAACAGUGUCCUCCAAAUGUCUCAGGAAGACAGCAAAGGAGAAGUACAACAAUGCUUAAUGAAUAAAUUUAAAGAGAGAUUGAUAAAAAGUACAGAAUGUAAACAGCAAAUUGCAAGAAUUAUUCAGGAAUCUGAGAUAGAUAUAAACAUAGACCCUAUUUUACAUACUGCUUGUCAGAAAGAUUUACAUAAAUUCUGUACAGAUGUCGAGUCAGGUGAAGGAAGAAAAAUGACAUGCCUUUUACAAGAAUAUGAAGAUCAUCCUAAUAGACUGGAUAAAAGAUGUCACGAACAGUUAAAACGAAGAAAAGAUUUGUGGGAAAUGUCAGUGCAGGUUGCUCCAGUUGAAAGUGUAAAUGAAUUAGUAUCACAAAUAACAUCUUCACCUGCAAAAACGUAUCUGCUUGGAGUUAUUUGUUCAAUAAUAGGUGUUAUAUUUCUAAUAGGAAUUACGUGUGGACGAGUGACUAAACGUGUAUCAAAAGAAAAUAAAAUGAAAUAAAAUUGUCAUUGUUAUACUAUUUUUAAAAAUACCAUGAAAAUAAGUUUAAAAAAAAUGCAGGGUCUUGGCUUAAUCUUUUUUUCUCAUUCUCAACAAAUACCAUGCAAAUAUGAAAUAUCAGGCAAUUGCUCUUUUUCAACUUGAAAUUUUAUGAUUAGGGUAAUUUCUGCUAAAAAUAUUAAGUACUAUGAAAAACACUUAAAAAAAGAUCCAACCAAUUAUUUGAUAUUUUUUGUAUGAAUUGAAAAAUGUAUUUAUAAGUCAAACAAACCAAUCCACUCUUGGUAGCAUUUAAUAUUUGCCAUUGUUUGAUUAUAAAUUUUAAAAAAUGCUUUAAUUAUUGUGUUGGAUGAAAUCUUCUAUAUCAUUAUUUUUAAUUCAGUGUAUUUUUUCAUCAUUUCAUUCUGCCAAAACAUUCCAUCUUUUCACCUUGCUACUUUCCAUUAUAUAACAUUUCAAUUGCAGUACAUCCAAUAUAUUUAUUAUCAUGGUAUUUUUAUGUAAAUUUCAUUAAAUUUUAUUUUUUUAUGUCUUUCCUUGGGUAUAUAAAUUCUGUAUUGCAUUAAUUUGUUAGUGGGAUAUUAUUUAUGAUAUUUUUUGUGGCAUAAGACAGUGCUCUUUUAUUUUGAAUUUGAAACCAAUAAACUACAAAAUUUGACAAAAACUAGAAUCUGAUUGUAAUUUAUACAUUGAAAUUUCCAGUUGACUGAAGUAAAAAAUAUUUGUAAUCUAUUAUAUAUGCUUAAUGUAUGUUGGUUUCAAAGUGAAGUCUGUCUAAUAUGAAUAUCAUAUCCAGAUUGUACUUUAUUGACUGGUUAUUUUAUUAUAUAGUCUGUGCUUAUAACUUUUUGCUAACGCUACAAACACAUAUUGGACUUGGUUAUAAUAUGGAAGUUUUUGAAAUUAUGUUGACUAUAGUUAUAAAUAAUUUUGCUUUAAACUAAAGUGUACUAUAUUGAUUGGUUAUUUUCAUGAAUAGUCUGUGCGUUUAAAUCUUUGCUUACACAACAAACAACUAGCUUUAGAAAGAAAUGGAUGACCUGAAUAUUAUAUGGAAGUAUUUGAAUUGUGUGAAUAAUUGUUUAAACAAAAAUUUAUUAAGAAGAGCACCACUCAUACAUUUUGAAUCAUUUUUAGUAUAAAUUUAGAAAUCAAUUGUAUGUUAAUGAUAUUUGGUAUGACAAUUACAUGAUACAUUGUGAAUUUUGCUAUUUCUCUCUACUGAUACAAAUGAAGAAUGUAUAUGAUGAUUACUAAGAGUUUUGCUAGGAAAAAUGAUUUCCCAGAAAUGUGAGGAUGAUAUUUUGGAAUGAUAUUGGUCUAUAAAUAGAGAAUGAUGUAAAUUUAGAAUCUCAUGAAGGAUGUUCAUGAUAUGUGGUAUGGGAAGUAUUAUGUGAGUGAUCCAUACAAAUGUGAUGUCAGCAUUGUCAAGAAUCAGUUGGUUUUAAGUGGUGUUAUUUCUGAUACUUUAUAAUCUAGUGCUUGCCAUAACUGUAAUCCACCAGACUAUAGUUAAUUUUUGAGCCCCCAAUAAUAGUUUAUAGUCUAUUUUUUUUUUCGAUAACUGUAACCCACCCGAGUAGAACACAUAGGUCAAGGUCUCAAAAUUAGCUAAUUCAAGCAUUUUUUUGGACAAGAAAAAAUAAAAUGUAUCAAAACCUUUUUAACCAUAGUUUUAAAACCAAAUAACUGUGUAUUUGAUGGUAUUGUGAAAGUUUAAGUGCUUCACAAUAUAUGUAUUGUAGAAAUUCAGAAAUACUUGUGUUGAUGUUAAAUAGUUUAGUUAGAUUCUGUUUAGUUUGUCAAAUUUUGAAUUUUAGGGUAUUGCAUAUUUUUUUUUGUAAUUUUUUCACUACUUUUUUAUAUCAUGAUUAAAGUCUGUAUGGACAAAGAAUUCAGAACUUUAUUAAGGUUACGGUAUUUUAUGUACGGAAAUUAAUAUCAUUUUUGAAAAACAUUGAUUUACUUUAAUUGCUAAAUUUUCAGUUUAUAUUGUGAAGCCAAUAGUCUUAUAUAUUUAUUACUGAAACAGCCCUUACACAAUUGUGAGAUAGCAUUUAAAAUACGUGUGAGACCAUAACAAAAUUUGGAAAAUAAGUGUAAAAAAAAAAUACAUGAACUUGCCUUCUUUAUAAAACCAGUCACAAGUAGUUGCAGAGCUUACUAGGUAUUCUGUUUAUGUCAAAUUGCUUUAGAAUUUUUAAGGUACUUUGUUUUCGUUGCAUGUGGUGAAUAAAACCAAAGUUUAACAUGUGAAAUCUCUAUUUAAUGCUGUUUGAAUGAUGGAUGGAAGUAUAUAUUGUAAGGAAGAAGGAAUGAAAGGUUUGAGAUAACUAAAAUCUAAUACUGUAAAUUCAGAAAAUUAUUGCAAUUUUGUCAUUUUAGACUUUAAUGCGAUUUUAAUUUUUACGAUUUUUAGAAAAAUCCUGUUUAAUGCAUAUAUAAAAUACUUCAAAAUGCGAGUUUAAAUUAUUGUGUUACUGUAAAAAGUCUGUUGCAUUUUUCGCAAUAAUUUCUGAACUUACAGGUAGUAUGUAUGACCUUUAGCUGAAUGGAUGAGUUAUUGUAUUUACUUGGUAUAUUUUAAGGCGGUUACCUUUAUUAAUAGUAUUUUGUUCAUUGAUUAUAUGUAUAUGGUUCAUAGUAGAUGUGUUUUAACCUGUUUGUUUAGCGCUAUAUUAAAAUUUUUGUCUUUGGCAAUGUUUUAAACUGUUUAUAUUAUUGUUUGUUUUUCUUAAUAACAUUGGAUUAAUGAAGACGUUCUUGAUUCGAUGUGUAUUGGAUAUAAUGUAGAGAUUUUAUAACGCAUAGAGAUUAUUAAAUACCAUUUGUAAAGAUUUUUGUUAUCAAAUACUGUUUAUAAAGGUUUUGUUAUCAAUUAGUUAUAGAAUAUAAUUAUACUAAAUCUUUUAUAGAAUUGUUGUAACUACUUUCACCUUUAUCUAAGAAAAUUAACUGUUAAUAUACAUUUUUGGUAUCCAUAUAUUCUGCUUGGAUUCAUACAUAAACAUUCAUUAAAAUGCAUUAUACAUAUUUUUCUCUAGGGUAUUUGCUCCAAAAAUCUGUCCAUAUAAAAAUACAUGAAGGCAAAGCUACUGUGUCAUUGUGUAGCAGGAUAAAUGAUUUAUUUUCUAUCGAAAGAUCAUGUAUAUCAUAUAUUAUAUGGAUUGUAAUUCUAGUGCAGUGCUUUUUAAAAAAGUUGUAUAGAUAUUUAUAUGAGAGAGUGGUAAUAGAAUGUAUAAACCCUUAUGAUAUGUAGAAAUGACAUGAAAUAUCAGUCCUAUUUUACUGUACCUUAGUUAUUGCAUAAUUUUGUCCAAUUAUAUUGAUGAAUAUAAAUUCAGAAAUUAUUGUGAGGAUUUUUAUUGAUGCAAAUAAUGUGACUUAGUGAUUAUCGCAAUAAUAAGAACUUACAUUUUGAUGUCUGAGACAUACAUAGCAUUUAUUUUCAUUCUUUAAAAAUUGCAGUAACUUCUGAAUUUACAUUAUACGUUCAUAUUUCUGAUGUCAACAUAGUAUAGAGGGCAGCACAUAUUUUCUGCCAUUCCACUUGUUUUUGAUCAAUGAAUUUUUGUCAGUAUAAAAAGACCAUUCAAUAGAUUGUUUUCAGUCUGCACAGUAUAUUGAAAAAACGCUUACCUUAUUUGUAGAAAUGAUUGCCAAGUUACCUUAUUUAUUGCUAAAAGACCUGGGACCAACUUUUCCAAAUAUCCAGAAAAAAAAUAUUACCAGUAGUAGUCAUCUUCAAUUUGAUUUAUGACCAAUUUUAAUUAUGAAUUUUUGCCAAAAAAGAUUUACUUGAUACUUUUAAGAAAUUUUUGUGUCAAAUGUCAAUUGGGCAUUUAACUCGUACUUUAUUUGGCCUUUUUAACUUUUUUUGAUUUGAGCGUCACUGAUGAGUCUUUUGUAGACGAAACGCGUCUGGCGUAUAUACUAAAUUUAGUCCUGGUAUCUAUGAUGAGUUUAAUUACCCAUUUCUUUCUUCACUCCAGAAAGUUACAUCAUACAUUUUCCUUAUUUCGUGUAGUUUUUCCCUGAAGAAUAAGAUAAAUGUGAACUACAUGAGUUCUAUUGUCUAUUUAUGGUCUAUAGUUAAUGCAAUUUCAGUAGAUGAGGCAGAUGCUCAAUGAAAAAAAAAUGUUCUGUUGUGGUCAACUUCAUAGCAAGUUAAAUAGUUUUUUUUGGCAAGUUUAAGCUUUCUAUAGUAGUAUAUAUAUGUAAAAUAGAUAACCUAUACUCCCAUUUUGUACUUUUGAUAAAUGUUCUGUUUUAUGUGUAUAAAAUACCAGUAAUAGAGAUAAAUCUUCCAAAUAUGUGUUAUGCCAAAACUUAGUUCUGUUAAAGCUUUGUAUUUGGUUUAUUUUCAGUUUAAAACUGUAUGGGAAGGUUUUAGAUCACUAUUUACCUGAUUUUUUUCAUGCUUAAAAUUUUACUUUUGUAUGAGCAGUAAGAACAAAGACUGAUAUUUCUAGAGGUCCUUUUUGAUAUUACCCUUAGAGUAUAGAUAAAAUACUAAAAAUAAAAUAGUUAUAAACUUAUUAACAGAUGAGGCAUGUUUCAAACUCCACAGAAGUCAUCGUAUACUGUACCUUAACAAUAGACCACUUCAUGACUAUAUGUACAAUUGAUAUAUGGCUUUUUUGUUCAGUAAAAUGUUACAUAUUUCUUUGAAAAAUGUGAGUUACCUUUACUCUCUUGAAUUUUUUCGAGAAAAUGUAGAAUUUUACCAUUCAAAAUGCAUACUUUUGUCAACAGGUCUUUUUUGUUUAUUUUCAACUAUAUCAAAUAUUGAACACAAUUAGUUUGACAGUUUUUAUCUUACUGUUCAGUGUAUUUGUUUUGAUGUAAUCUCAUUUGUGUUAUUUUGGUCUUUUGUUAUGUGUAAGUGAUGUUAAAGAAUAAAUGCAAUUGCCUUGUUA